AUGGUUAAAAGAGUGAUUUGCAGACUUGAUGGGUAUGAUGGGAGCUUUCCCAAGCCUCAAAAAUUGAAUUUUAUUUAUCAAAUAGAACUAGGGACAACUGUGAGCUUCCAAAUAGAAGCAGGAUCAGCCAUAAACACAGAAAACACCGCUCUUGUGCUUGACAUAAGCCAAGGCUUAGACCCAGAAAUGCAAAGAUUUCAAGGCUCUCUCAGUCCUCUAGGCCAUUGAAUUUGCGAGGUCACAUUCUCUACUCCAGGAAACUAUAAUAUUUUUAUUGAAUACACCCACACAAAUUCUGAAGAUCAAAUAAAAGGAUCAGUAAAUAAUCUUAUAGUCAGCCCAGAGCUAAGAAUCGGAGGGAAAUUGCUUCCUUUUAAUGGAAUCUGCAUGCAGACUGUUUUAUGCCUCUCUCUUGGCCCUGUAAGCAGAUGGGUUGAAGUAUUUCAGCACCAAAGAGGAAUUGGAUACAAUUUAUUUCACCUUACCCCAAUUCAAGAAUUAGGCCAAUCGCAAAACUUAUAUAGCAUUAAUGACCCUAAUAAGCUAAAUCCCGAGCUAUUUCCAGGACCUGAAAGCGUAAAAAAUAAAUAGGAAGAAUCAAAAAUUUAUGCAUUGCAGAAUAUUUUAGCACAGCUAGAGGGAGAAGGUAUUGGGUGCAUUCAAGAUAUAGUUCUUAGCCAUGUGGCAGAAGGCAGUGAUUUUUUAGAAGAAUACCCAAAUGCUACUUAUAAUUUAAUAAACUCUCCCUACUUAGCUGCUGCUUAUGAGCUUGAUAAAGCGUUAAAAGAAUUUUCUAUAUCAUUGUGGAAACGAAGGGUGAAAAGCUAUGGAAAUAAAAAUAGAAUUGAAAAUGAUAGGGACUUAAGUAACAUCAUGAGAAUUCUGAAGACAGAGCUGCUUCCUUCGCUGAGGCUUCAAGAGUUUUUCCAGAUAAGUGUUGAAAAAGCUUACCAAGACUUUUCGAUUUGUGAAACAGCUGAAAUUUUGGAUGCGGGCUUAGCUGAAGAGUUACAGUCAAAAGGGGCAGAUUAUUUUCUAAGAAAAUAUGCUGUCACUGGAGAAGGUGAAGGAAGGUUUUCUGCUAAAAUCAACGGCCAGGUUAUAUGAAAAGUACUUAACAGCCUCAAAACGACUCGAAAUUUAGCCUUUCCCGAAGCAAGAAAAUUGAUAAAUGGGGCAAACAUAUAUUUAUUAGGGAGAUAUGAAAGGCACCUCGCAGAAAUCAUAAGUAAUCUUGAAAGUGAAAUAAGGUACCAGAAAAUUGAAAAAAAUAACGUAGAAAUCACGUCUGAAAACCCAUUAGUUAAGCCUUAUUUCUGUCAUCUCAGAAAUGGGAAUUAUGUAUUGUUUGAUGGAUUUAUUAUAGGUAAUAAUGAAAUAUUAAAAGAUUAUGCUGGCAUAGAAGGAUGGCACUACUUUAGAAGAAACGUUGUAAUAUGAACUGACUGUGUUAAAUUGAGAUAUGGAAGGAAUAGAAACGAUUGUCCUGAACUCUGGGAAAGAAUGGAAAAAUAUGUCACAAGUGUCGCUAAAAUUUUCAAAGGAAUUUACCUUGACAAUGUCCAUUCAACGCCUCUGCACGUGUCUGAAUAUUUUAUUGCAAAGGCUCGGAUGGCAAAUCCUAACCUUUUUGUAAUAGCAGAGCUUCAUUCGAGUGACCAGAAUAAAGAGGCUUUAUUUGCCAAACGAAUAGGCAUUAAUUGCAUUGUCCGUGAAGCUAUGGUGGCAAAUAGCACCAAAAGCCUUGGAAAAAUGAUUUAUGAAUACGGAAAUGGCGAAAUCUCAGCCUUAGGGAGUCUUGAAAAGUCUGAUUUAAACAGCAGCAGCUUACUUGGAAUAAAUCCUGAGCCAGGAGACAUUAAGCUAUCUGCAACGCCAAUUCCUAUAAUAUUCUACGAUUGCUCCCACAAAAUUGAAGCUCCAGCACAAACGCGGACUGCUCAAGACGCAUUACCAAACGCUGCACUUGUAGCCAUGUGCAACUGCGCAAUUUCUUCUACACGCGGAUAUGACGAACUCGUCCCCUGUCAGCUUUCAACAAAUUUCGAAAGAAGGCUCUAUAAACUUCCUACAAGCACAGAGCGUAAAGUGACUGAAAUUAAAGUUUUUGAUGAAGAUUUUCCUGAGCUCGUAAAAGUCUGAGUAGAAUACCAUGCAGAAGAGCCUGCCAGAGAAGUCUAUAUAAAAGGCGAAUGAGACAGCUGGGCUGAGCAUACAUAUUUAGAAAGGGUCGGAGAUAAUCGAUGAGGAAUAAUUUUGCUGUUUCCUAAGUCUUAUACAGGAAGAGAGUUUAAUUAUAAAUAUGUGGCGGAUGGAGUAUGAAAAUAUGACCCUAAAUAUAGGUAUACAGGCACUGGAGAGUUUAUUAAUAACCUUUUAUCAGUAAAUUCUAGAGCAAAAGGUCCUGGAAACUCAGAAAAUUUGUACCCCGCAAAAAAGUACCUUAAUUUCUUGCACACACAUUUAGUAGAAGCUGGGUAUAGCGAAAUUUUUGUGAAUAGCUGUGCAGAAGACGUAAUUAUUGUCGUCAGACAAAACCCUACAAAUCUGGACAGCUAUGUAUUGGUUGCAAGAACUGCUCAUUAUCUAUCUCUUGACCCUGUAGCUGUUAGCGGUGUCAAAUUGCCUGGAAUUUUACAUAGGACUGACUUUAUAGCCACUUUAACAGUCAAAAAAGCACCUUUUGAAGAGCAUCCUGAGCUUAUAAACGGGCUGAUAGGGAAUUUAGAAUUUACCACAAAUUUGGCUCAGUAUUGCAAUGUUUAUAGAGACAAUAACUUAAAUAUCGAUGUCUUGAAUUUUUUUAGAAUCCCACCAGCCUUUAUAGCUGUUUUUAAAACAAAAUUUAAUGCAGGAAGUUUAGAGUCUAUUGAGCAGGGAUAUGAUUGUAUGUCAAGCUUUUAUUCUUGUAGGGAGAUGCUUGAAGGAUUAAACUUGCAGCAGAUAAAUCAUGUACUUUGGAGAUGCAGCCAGGAAGAGCUAGAAAUGUCCGGCAAAAAAAGAGACCUGUAUGCAGUUCCUGGGUAUAAGGAUUUUAACUAUGCAGGGCUUGGAGGGCUUGCUGCUGAAUUUUUGAAAAUUAUAGAGGAAAAUAAGCUUGGACAUGAAAUUUGUAAUAAUUUAAAGCAAGGUGAUUGGCUUAUUGACUAUUCUGUAGCAAGAUUGCAGGCUUAUGAACUUCCUGAAAGAUUUAAACAAUUUAUAUGCGACCAUUUCAAUAGAAUCAAGAAUUUGCCACGAGAAAUCGUACCUAAACAUUUUUCCAAAAGUGUUCUACUAUUAUUUAGAAACAUAAAGUUGUAUAUUCUGAGAGAAUUAUUUAAAGAAAGCAAGCUAUUUCAUAUUUCUGAUGACAGCUUAGCUGAUAUCUUAGGAUUUGCCGUGUUACAGUUCUGAGGAAAUGUCCCAAGAUCAAUUUCUUCAGAGUCCAUUUGUGCAGGCUUGCCUUAUAACUCAAUAGGUGCUAUGAGAUGCUCUGGUCGUAUCGCAUUUAUAAUUUUUUUAAUGAUGAUUAUUCCCUACCUCAUCUUAACAUUAUGAGAAUUUCUACACAAAAUAGCACAAUUAUUUUCUAUUUCACAAGAAUUAUAAUGUAAAUUGUAUAUUUCAUUAACUCCCCCCCCCCCCCUCCGUGAGCGAACAAAAAAAUUUUGUUCGCUCACGGAGGGGGGUUAAUUUUUUUUUUUAAAAAAUUUAUAUAUAUAAAUUUUAUAAAAAAUAUUUUUUUCGAAAUUUAAAAAAAAUCCUAAUUUGCAAAAAUUGGGAAGCAAAUAUUAAAUUUAAUUUGCAAAAUUUAUGUUUUAAAACGCAAUUUGUUUAAAAUUAAACAGAAUUAGCUCUAGAUUUCAUUAAGAGGACUGCUAUUAUGCACAGGUAUGUGGCAAGAAGCUAGAGAAAUCAUAUUAACUUAUGCCUCCCUAAUGCAGAAUGGCUUAAUCCCAAAUAUCAUAGACCCUAAUAAUAACCACCGCUAUAACGCUCGUGACACUACAUGAUUUUUCUUGCAGGCUCUGCAAGACUAUAUUAAAAUGUCCCCUGAAGGCUGCGAAAUUCUCCACGAAAAUAUCAAACUCCGAUUUAAAAAUGGGGAAAUCGAUUUUUCUAAUUCCCCACCAAUACAGCUAGCUCAGCUUGUCCAAUUAAUUUUUCAGUCACAUGCAGCUGGGAUAGAAUUCAAGGAAAAAAACGCAGGGGCCAGAAUAGACCCAAAUAUGAAAAUUGAAGGUUUCAAUAUAAAAAUCCGCCUUGACCCUCACACAGGCUUUAUUUUAGGAGGAAAUAAAUGAAACCGCGGCACUUGGAUGGAUAAAAUAGGGAGCUCCUCUAAGGCUGGGAACAAAGGAACUCCUGCAACCCCUCGAGAUGGCGCCGCAAUAGAAAUUAUUGGUCUCCUCUAUUCCAGCUUAGACUUUUUCUCAAAAUUGCAUAUGGAAGGGAAAUUUCCAUUUGAAGGGGUUAUAUUGCCAGAUCGUACAAAUUUGAGUUAUAUAGAAUGGAAAGCAAAAAUUGAGCGGUAUUUUGAAACCCAUUUUUAUAUUCCAGAAGAUGGCAGCUCUCCUAUUGCAGUUAGGAAGUAUAUUGGGAUUCCUGGAAUUUAUAAAGACACGUUUAGAAGCUCGAUAGAUUAUGCUGAUUAUCAAUUGCGGCCUAAUCAAUGCAUAGCUAUGGUGGUUGCUAGUAAGCUAUUUACCCCUGAGUGUGCAGUUAUUGCAUUAAACCAGGUUUCUAAAUAUUUGAUGCCAAAUGCUGGGCAGCUUGGGAUUAGGACACUAAAUGAAGAAGAUAAGCAUUAUAAGCCAUUCUAUGACAGCUCUAAUGACUCAAAUGAUGGGUCAAUUGCGCAAGGGUUUAGCUGCCACAAUGGCCCAGAAUGGGUAUGGCCUGCUGGCUACUUCUUAAGAGCACUGCUCCUUCACAAUGCUUCAAGCCCGAGCUUUGUCAUGAAAUGCCUCAGCGAGCACAGGAAAUUCAUAGAAAAUUCUUCAUGAAUGUCCAUGUGUGAGCUAACUGAUCGUGAUGGAAAAGAAAACAAAUUUUCAAAUAUGGCUUAUGCAUUGAGUGUGGCAACUCUAAUAGAAGUCCUUUAUGAUUUAUGCUAA